AGGGUAAGAUGAUUGUUAAAAUACUUCCAACGGAUAUUUUGAGCUCAAAUUUUUUUACAGCUUAAACAGGGUAAGAUGAUUAUUAUCUUCUCACGGUUGUUUCAAGUUUAUUGAUAAAGUAAUUGAUCGGGGAAAAGGAUUUCAACUCAUAAAGGGGUAUUCGUUAUUUGACAGUGCUUAUAGAUUCUAUUUGUCUUGGGUAUUUACUUAUGGUUCAUUGAUUCUUAAUGUGGGUUCAGUUUCAAUGGCUUACUACAAUAAAAAACUUAUUCAUGAGCAUAUUAAGUUCGAUUCAGAUUCAUUGUUUUGUGAUUCAGUUUUAUUAGUGUUGGCUAAACCGAGUAAAAUGCUUCUACUGGAUACUGUGUGUUUCAAAUGGAUAUUGUUUGUUUCUUCUUACCUUUGUUUCAACUUUACUUGUAGCGUAUUUGAUCGUGGACGAGCAACUGAACUUAUUGAAAGUGUUUAUGAGCUGGAUUUAGGAGUUGGGUACCAGUCAAAAUUCCAGUUUAUAUACUCGAUUGUGUGUAUAUUGGCUCACAAUGGUGAUAGUAGUGUUGGCGGUAAGCUACUUCAGAAAAUGCCAUAUCCAGAUAGUGUAAUUGAAAGUAUAGUGACACUACAGUUGACAGCAGUGGAGAGAUUUAGGAAGAUACAUAAUUUGUUUAAUCAAGUGCCUAAUAAAAUGCCUGCAGCUAUUCAAGAAGAAGAAAUAAAGAAAAAUCUCCGUUCUACCACAGAUGCUCUUCAUUCCUUGUAUUUUGUUCAGCACAAAACUUUUCACUGCCAGCAUUGGCUGUGUGUGGGGUAUGGAACAAUGUGAGGCUAUGUGACGCUGAGGAUAAUACAACUUGUACUCACUGCCAGAAAUGCUCCAGUUGUGUCAAAGUUAGUGGACUGCUUAAGAUGGAAGUACAAAGUGUAUUCUACGGGCCUGGAAAGUGCUUCAAAUAUGCAACUGUUGGUUGGAUACCUGAGGUGGAAAUUCAGGUUGAUUUCAACUGGGUUGUGGAGUGCAGCAAGUGAUGAUGUUUUCACAUGGGUUUUUACUGAGCUACUUGAACAAUCUAGCUACACAGUGGGUGGCAUGGAACGGUAUUCGGGAUGGGUAGUUGUUCGGAUUGCUACUCGUAAUGUGUUGAAUUUGAAGGAUCAAGACUGGAGAAAUCAAGCUCUCUUACGUGCUCACCCUUCAAAUGCAGUAAAGUUGCUGGUCCUUGUGAAUUGGCAAUUGGUUUUACCUAGUGGUUCUCUCUUAACUUUUGUACUGCUCUUGGUAGUUAAAAAAGGGGUUGCUGAUCUAAAUUAUCCAACUGCACAUAAGUUCAAUAUUGGCGCUAACAGAAGUACUCUUAGUACAACUUACCUUAUGGAAAUGAGCACAAUGGGGUCAGGUCCACUGGUUAAUAUUACGAGAAGAACCACAACCUUGGGCUACCAUUACCUUACCAGAAAAAAUGGUCAAUCGUUUGUUGAGCUGGGAAAGGAAGUCCUUAGCUUUGAAGAUAAAUGUUUACUCAUGGUAAAUCAAAUUCUGAAUGUGUUGGCAUGGAUUGAUUACUUGAGGUGGAAAUUCAAAUUGUUUCCAACCUUAUUAUGGAGUGUGCAAAGUCUGUUUGGGAUAUAUAACAUUCAGGUUGAAGACAAACUGGUUGAACACAAGUGGAGGCCAACCAAGCCCCAGCAGAAUCUCAAGUGGCAAUUACAGGUUGUAGGAUCUCAGCAUUGUCAACUAGCAAUGGAAAAAAGUAAACUCUCAUGCCUUAACUGAAGUGGUUAUAAAUGCCUUAACUAAAGUGGUUAUAAUUGUCUACCAAGCUGCACUUGCUACUGCAUUGGAAUUGUUCAUGGAAUACUCGAGUGUGUUGGUGCAUAUUUCAGUGGGAGUGAUGAGUAUCCAGGCUGGUAUUUUUGACCUGUGUACUUGGUGGCAUAGUGGCGGCUAGUCGGCGUGUUAGUGAGCAGAACGGAUACAUACAUUCUGGACGCUUCUGAAUGUUCCAUCUUUAAGUUACAGGCACUUAACAAGGUGGUUAAAGAUAAUCAGUUCAGACCCAAUUCCAUCCUUGAGAACAAGGAUGUUUUUCGAGGGGUCGGUAAUGUCAUCUACCCUCUAUGAGGGGAGAGUGCCCAUAUCCUGUUAGUGUUAGUAUCCAGUACAAGUUGUUGGUGGUAGUAUUUAACUUAGAAGUGGGUGUAUUUAUCAAUUGUAAUGAGUGGGUUAGAUGUAAACAUCUGGUGGCAUCUUAGCCGUUGGAUCUAAGAGUGAGGGGUCUAGCUUUAUAAGCUAAAGUCCUGUAAUAGUUAGGUUUUAUCGAAUUAUUAAUCAAUCAUAACAUUUUUUCUU